AUGGAAAGGGCCAACUAUAUUCCAAUGCCGGUGGCCAGAACACCAGGUGACAGGCCAGCUAGUUUGGUCACCCAGGGAGUAGGCCUUGACACUCAUGGGCAUGGCUAUGUUGAGCCGAGGAAUCGGAUAACAGAUAUCUCAUCCCUUGAGUUUAAUGCGGUCCAGAAUGGCAUCCAGGAUCAGCAGGAUGAUCUUCUGGAGCGGCUAUCUGGACACUAUUCACCCUUUGAGGGCUAUGACAUCCUCGUCAAGGCGUUUGAAAAGACGUUCAGGGGAAAUCUUCGUGCAAGCUUCAAAGAUGGCAUCCGACUUGCAGAGGUGGUUGACGGAGCUAUCAGACCAAAGAUCGGUAUCACUCUCCUGGUUGGCGCUGACACUCCUCAAGUCAAUCAGAUGGAACAAAUUUCAAUGUCAAGAUCGGAGCCUGAUCAAAAGGACGCUUCUUGGAGGGUCAACACUGCCGGUGCGCUGCUGAAGAAUUUCGAGGUUGAUAAAUCAAUGAGCAUUAUCUUUACGGAUAACACCCCCACAGUUGUCGCUUCGGCUCGUCAACGCCUCAAUGCCACCGGACCAUUCGUUGAAUCUACCUCGCCGACUUCCCACAAGGCUUUAGCGGUUCGAACAGCAUCAGACCGAAUUGUGACUAUCGAUAGCGAGAAUGUUAGUAUUGUGAAUGCCCUGUCUGGAGAAAAUUGGGAUCUCGAAGGCCUCCUGAUUGAAGUCGACCAGUCCAGUUUGAUGGCCGUGAUACUCAAUUAUCGACAAAUUAUUCAACGUGGUGGUGCAAAUUUGCCUUGCGGUGAGACCAUCAAACUGCUCGACCAGAUGAUUGAGGAUGCCCGGCGGCUUUGCAUCAGAAGCCCUAUCUUGUUCCGUAUGGCUACUAGGCGGCACAUAAUUUCGUCCAAGAAUACUCGAUAUGGUGUCGAUCAUGGUACAAUGUUCCAAACCUUGACAACUAGUAGCGGAAUCAAGAACAUCAUCUCACUUAGCGCUGCAUAUUUCAACUCGCUCGCAUCUUAUAACAAGAAGGAGCAACAGCUUAUCCGCCCGAGGUUCCUGCAAAUGCUUGUGCUCCUCUUGUCACUGUUGAAUGAUGAUGAUCUGCAAGAGCUUUCAGAAUUUCUAGAGGUUACCUAUAGAAUUCGAGCAGAACGCCAUCACUUGGAACUCUUGAUCCUUAAAGUGCUUCCGCUCAUGGCGAUAAAUUCGAGAAUAUUCCUGAACGGACUCAUAACAGCAUUCGAAGGCCCACUCGUCAAUCCCUCGCCGCACAUAGUUGAUCAGCCCGAAAUCUGGAGACUUUUCUUGUUGAGGCUGCUGCGGCAUGACUAUGUUUUGCCGGGCACUCUUGAAGAUCUGGGCAAUGAUAACUUUUCCUGGGUGAGCAAGUGGCCAGAGGAAGGGCACAUGGAUUCAAGUGUUUUCCGCCACUUGCAAUAUGCUGGUCGAGCAAGGACAUUCAACGAGAUCCCACCCAUUGACUUUCACACUGAACACACCUCAGCCGAGGUGACAGCCAUAUUUACAAAUGGCUGUAGAUAUAUUGUUUCGGUUGAGGAUCUUGAAAACAUUAUUCGAAUGGUUCCUCGCCGCUUUGCCUUGACGGAAGCCGUUCCCGAAGGACGAUCAUUUGACCUUUUUAUCACAGAGGUCCAUGUCAACGAGCCUUUGUAUCGUGCAAUCUGGGAAGUUAACUCCAUCCUCAACCUAGUAAAGGGGAUCCUUCCAACAAAACCCAAAUUUAAAAUCAUGGGUAUCCUCAGGGAUGUUUUGAACGACGGGAAUAAAAAUACUGAAGGCAUCAGCCUGCCAGAGGUCAAAGGUUCUGGUCGAUUGACAUAUCAUGUUGCCACGCUGAAUGGACAGAUGCUUGCAGUAUCUUACAAGGUCGAGGGCCGAAAAAUCACACGCAGGGAACUGGUUCGGCACCUUGCAUCAGAUUUGAGCAAAAUGAUGGCAACCAUGGAUGCAAUUGAGACAACAGUCCAACAGCAUUUCGAAGAGAAGAAUAUGAAUGAUCGCACCCGACUAACCAUUCAUAAGCUGCGCGCCGCACUGGGAUCAGUAUGGCGGCUCUAUCGCCUGGCAGAGGAAAACAAGCAGAAGAUGGAAAAAUACUCCACCCAAUUGGGUGAUGAGCCAAUAUCCAAGGUCCUCUAUCCAAUCGGGUCGGAUGAGACUCCCUUGGGUGUUUGGAAUGAUUAUAGAGCUUGGUUCGUUGGAGGGGACAAUGUGCUCUACAUUGAAUCACAACGAAGGGUUGUCAAGACUGUGACUUGGAAGGAGGCGUCAGUGAUGGAAGUGAUGUUCCAUGAGGACGAAGGAAGAGCAGCGACGCCCCAUGAGCAGCGAACAAAGUAUUUCCUAACACCUCUGGGCAAGUUGCAAGAGGAUGAAAGUGAAGAAGAAUUGAGACCAGACGAUCGCGUUAUUCUUGCGGGUCAAUAUGUCAUCGUUGUCGAGCAGAACGGUCAGACUUUUACACCUAAUGCAGAAGCAGACGCAAGGCACAGCAUGAACAAUUUGAGAGGGCCAGCUGGCGAUAAUCAUCCAGGCGGGGUGAAUGCAAGGCCACAGGUUGCCCUUGAGGCAAUGCUCAAUUGGCUGAAGAUCACUGGCAUCGAGACUCCAAGGAGGAAGAGAAGACAUCCGCAGCAAGAAACGAGCCAAGUCCAAGUUGUGAGAAGUGCGAUCAGAUAA